AUGACAACAAGAGACGAUACUAUGGAGACAAUCCCUGAAAUAAAUCAAUCAAUUGUGCCCGCAAGUUUAAGAAAUUUAAAUGAAGAAGAAGUGAGGAUGCUACAAGAGGCUAUACAAAGAUUAAGUGAAAGAGGAGAGCCAAUCAAUAUAUUAGUGAUUGGUCCCACUGGUGUUGGUAAAUCAACACUCAUCAAUGCUUUACUGGGAGAUGCUGUACAAGAGGGACAAAGAGCAACAGAGGGACAGGGAGCAGCACCAGUACAGUCUGAAGUUGAAGUACAUACAGGGAAGUAUGAAGGAAUUGAGAUAAAGGUCUAUGAUACUACUGGCUUUGGUGAUACAAGAGGAAAGAGUGAUGUUAGCAUUAUUGAAGAGAUCGCUAAAGAUAAAAAGUUUGAUUUGGUACUAAUCUGCAUGAGAAUGGACUGCAGGGUAAAUGAAGGGGUUAAAAAGAUGUUCUCCACUCUUGGAGAUAUGAUGAAUAAGGAGAUGUGGGAUAGAUCAGUGGUCGUCCUUACAUUUGUAAAUACAUUCCUUCAACAAAAAAGCAUUAAAAAGUUACCCAAUCAAGCAGAUCUCAUAAAAA